AUGAAGUUUGCUUUGAGCUAUGUUUUGAUGCUGGCAUGGAUUGCUUAUUUAAUUUCAUCUGGAGUGUAUUUGUUCUCUCGUGGUUUUCUACUAUCGCGAGUCUCAAAGACGGACGUCAGUAGCUGCCGGCAUUUGUCAACAGAUCCAAAUGACGAAUAUUUUUUAACGGAAGCCGUUGUCGAUGAAAUUUUCAAAGAUGUGAAUGCAUCAUCAAAUUUAUGUCUUCCACAAAAGUCAAAAGUGAUUAUUUUGUUAAUUGAUGCCCUUAAAUACGACUUCGGAGUAUACAAGGAGAAUGUAACAGAACCAUUACCAUAUGAGAAUAAAUUGGGCGUGUUGAACGAUUUAAUUAAUAAUGAGCCGCAUCACGCUCGUCUUAUGCGCUUUAAAGCUGAUCCGCCUACUACAACAUUGCAACGUUUGAAGGGGUUGACCACCGGCAGUUUACCAACAUUUGUUGACAUUGGGUCGAACUUUGCCUCUCCGGAAAUUAAUGAGGACAACAUCAUCGAUCAGAUGGUGAAGAGUCACUUGCCAAUUGUUUUCAUGGGCGAUAGCACGUGGACAGAUUUAUAUCCGAAUCGUUUCAAACGCUCUUAUUCCUAUCCAAGUUUUGAUAUAUUCGAUUUGGACACAAUUGAUCGCAAAAUUGAGAAGCAUUUACCAAAGGAAUUGCAAAAGGAAGAUUGGCAGGUGUUGAUUGCACAUUUUUUGGGCGUAGACCAUUGCGGACACAAACAUGGACCCCUUCACGAGGAAAUGUCUCGUAAACUUAAAGAAAUGAAUGACAUUAUAAGAAACGUUGUAUCCCAGAUGAGCGAUGAUACAACCCUACUUGUGAUGGGUGAUCACGGCAUGACUAUAUCUGGCGAUCAUGGUGGAGAUUCUAAUGAUGAAACCAAUGCCCUUCUUUUUGCAUAUACAAAGAAGACUAAUUUUUUAAAUGGUGAAUACGGUUCUGAUACUGAUGUUAUGCAGCAGAUUGAUCUUGUACCAACACUCGCAACAAUACUGGGCAUACCAAUACCGUAUUCAAAUUUGGGUUUAAUAAAUUUUAAUAUUGUUCCUGAUGUCGCUGUACCCCACAUGACCAAAUUGCAGAGUCUGAUUUUACACGUAUGGCAAAAUGCGCAGCAAAUCUACACUUACUUCUACAAUUAUGCCGUUGAAAAUAAACGCAGUUUUAACGUGGAAGAAAUGGAUCGCAUGGACACCGAAUUUAUACUGCUGACACAUCGCGUCAAAUCAAUAUACAAUGAAGCUGCUUUUAAAUCAUUUAUUGGAGAUCUAAAUGUGCAUCUUAGACAAAUUCUCAGUACCUGCCGCGAGUUGUGGGUCAAAUUCGAUGCAACACAAAUGUCUCAAGGGCUUUUAGUGACAUUCUUUUCGGUGUUCUUCUCUUUCAUACUGAUAACCAAUACGCCUGCAGGAAAAUUAUCGAAUAUUUUCACAGCCAAAGAGUUGGGUUACACGUAUUUGUUAAAUAUUGCCGCUGGUGUUUUUGGAUAUCGUUACUAUAAGAAUUUUUCCUUCAAAACUGAGGAACACGCUAUAAUAUUCUUCACGAAUGUGAUAAGUUCGUUGAUUCUUGUAUUUCAUAUGGUCCAGAAUUGGUAUAUCAUUGCCCUCAGUUGGUCUAAAGUAAAAAGAUUUGUGAAUAUGCCGACGCGCGCGGUCCUAAUCAUACUGAUGUCAAUCUGCUAUUCAAAUAGUUUUGUCGUCAAUGAGGGCCACGUCCUAUCCUACUUGCUUGUAUGUGUGAUUAUACUGAUGGCAUACGAAUUGCUGCAAAAGAGUAUACGUGUUGACUUCAAAACAAAAUUCAAGCCACAUCAAUUUUUAAAGUCAACUGCCUUUAAGCUGCUUUUGGCCAGCAUUUUGGCAGUGUCGUUAAUACGGUUUGCGACCACAUUCUUCCGAUGUCGAGAAGAACAAGGUAACUGCAUGGAUUUUACUAACAACUCGUCCGCUGGAGGUUUUUCUUUAAAAAGGCCAUCGAGUGCCAAAUCGUAUAUUCUUUCCAUUGUAAUUGUCGUAUUGUACACUACACUUAGUCGGAUUUAUUUGCGAUCUUGUGGUAAUUUAACCGGCAUGUCAGCGAAUAUAUUAAUGGCUCGCUAUGGACCCACGGUAGCUAGUAUAUGUGCUGGCGGACACAUACUGCUUUCCAAUAGCGCUAUUAAAAAUAUCGAUCGGACCCACAUCGAUAUGAUGGCCUUGGUAGUAUACGCAUUGUUGGUUAUUCAAAUUAUUGUUGUUACCAUUUCUCCAUUAAUGGUCUUCGUCUUGCCACAGAAAAAUAAAUCAAGCAUUUCUGUGCGUAAUACCGAUAGCAUUAUUCCCGAAAUAUUUAAGAAAAUGAAAAGUAUGUAUCAAGGAGAUGAUGCAGAACGACGUAGUGAUAUACCAGUUGUUUAUGGCCUAGCUACGAUAUAUUCUUCCGUACUCAUAUCGUUUGGAACAUUUCUUACUAUGGUCCUAGUUAUCCUUCUGGAGCCUAAAUCCUGUUCUGGAAUCGUUGUGUGCAUAGCCGUGGCAGCUAUAAUAUUGUCCUUACAUGCAAUCCUGCGUUAUAGAACGGCUGUUAACUUUGAAACUUGCCUGCAGCCAACAUUUACUGCCAUAGUUGGAUGGUUUCUAUUGGGACAUUUCUGCUUCUUUGCCACAUCACAUCAGACAACACUUUCGCAGAUUGACUGGCGAGCGGCAUUCGUUGGUCGUUCAACAAAUAUAGGACAGUCACACUUCAUAUCUGGAAUACUAGUUAUUCUCAAUACGUUCUGUGGACAUAUUUUGUUCUCCAGUAUGUAUGUAUUACUGUCCACAGAAACAUUUUCGAUUUUCGCUUUGUUCCCUACUUUAAUAAAAACAAAUGCGAAUCGAGAAAGAAAGGUGGAAGGCAAUAACACUGCGAAAUCAACAUCCUCAACAUAUGAUCGUUCCUUGAGUGAAAUUUCAAACGAAUGUGUUGGAUUCGAUAUGACACGUGGCGAGUUGGUUUUGUUCGAAAACGAGAACGUAUUCAUUGCAACUCUUUUUAAGGUCGCCAUUCAGUUGUAUAUUUUGCAGGGUACUAAGAUAUUCUGUGCUAUGUUAGCGUGUACUAUUCACUGUCGACAUCUAAUGGUUUGGAAAAUAUUUGCUCCUCGCUUUAUAUAUGAGAGUAUUGCAACAUUUGUCUCACUACCAGCGAUUAUUAUCGGAUUUUUGCUGAUACUUCGCAUCCAUAAAGGUGUCGAAAGAUUGAUAUCUAAAAUCAACAAAGACAAGUAG